AUGAUUCAAUCACGGAAAGCACCAAUCAAGAAAAUAGUAUUGAUAUUAUCGACUGUGCUAGUAGCUGGAAUAUUAAUAUUAUUGCCAGUACUGUACAUGAGAAACAAGCCAGUAACCAAGGCAGAUGCCCCUAUGCAAAUUUUAAUAGAUGAAAUAGAUGACACAUGCGAGCCAAUUACUCGAAAGGAUGCAACUGUUUUACCAUUCGUAAUUAAGGGAACAUUCAUACACACACCAGGAGUGUCUUCUGUCUAUGAGAAGGAGAACAUCAUCCCAAUUAGAUCGCUAAAAACUGAAGAGAAGAUCAAGAGCAAGCCCGGCCUUUUCCAAAAAAUAAAGAAGUGCUUCAGAAGAAACAGCCAAGAGACAAAUAAAGUACCUGAAAUGCCAACUGAGGAAGAAAAGAUAGAUCAGUUAAACAGCACAAAGAACAUUCUUACAAACUACGACAUGUCUUUUAUUAAGAAAAUUAAUGGAAUGAAGUCUAGAGAAAAACAGAUGAGUAUUUUAGAAAUAAGAAAGAUGAUUCUUAAACUAGCAACUGUUCUUCCAUCUAAUGUUUCUUUAUUAGAUGAGUCUUCUGAUCUUUUCUGGCUAACUGUGUACUGCUCUGGUGACUUAUUGGUUGACUGGAUGGCAUACACUUUAAGUGCUGAAGAACUGAAGAGCAUAAAGAACGAAGUAGAAGAAUUAUUCAACUCAACAGAAGAUUCAUCUGUUAUUAGAUCUGAGCUAUUCAAGAUUCUGAAAGGAUUUAUUACAAAGGUAUCCAGCAACACUGGUCUGGGUGGGCAAAUAACCGAGGCAAGAGAGUCUACUACCGCAAUACUAAAGGCAUACAAAGAAACCCAGGAAAUGAUUAACGGCUUAGAAGAGUCAUGUGAGACAGAGAAGCUUUUCUUAUCUCUUGACGUUCUUUCAUACCUCAUCCCAAUGACCAAAGAGUCAAAUGAUAUAAUUUCUAAGACUGUCAGCAAUGUACAGAGAAGGCUUAUCAAUAUGACGGAAGGCAUUAAAGUCAGACAAAUGAACGAGUACUUAUGCAUUACCAAAAAGUACAACUCUGAAAUAAUUUCUGCAAUUAACUUAUACAUGAGAUUUAUUGCCGAUUUAGAGCAAUACGUUGGAAUUAGCACUGUUGAAAUUGAGAAUAUUAAGAACAUUGAAAGAAUUAACGAGUCUACAUACGCAUACGACUUUAAGUCAGAUGCAUCUGCUUCUCAAGUAAUUAAAGGUGCAAACACAAUAAUUACAAAGGCUAACGCAUUAUUUAAACAGUACAUUCAUCUUUUAAGCAUAAGAGACAAAGAAAACGACUACUCAAUUUUCAUUCUGGAUGACAAUGCUGUUAUCCCAGAAGAAGUAAUUAGCUCAGAGGUAUCUAAUGAAGAAAACUCUAAUGAAACACCAGUACAAUCAAUAGUUGAAUAA